AUGGACGGACGAGCGUUUGAAAUAAUAUUUUUUAAAUUUUUUUUUUUCGAAAAUUGGCGGCCAUUCUUGUUUAGGGAAUAUUCGAUUAAUAAUGUUGGCAGUAUUUUUAGCGGUAAGAUUUUCAAACUAGCAUGUUAGGUUAUGUUAUGGUGUGUCAACAGGUGAUUAAACUCUCAUCAGGGAAUGUUUUUUGUAAUAUAUAAAAAUCCCGUCCGUCCUCUCCUCAUUCCCUUUAUAAAAUUGUCCUGACGUGUCGUGUCGUUGAAUAUCGAAGAUAUAUAUAUAAUACAUUAUUAUGGAUAACGAGAGCGUUCUUGCUUGCCCGGUGAACGUGGAGUGGUGCGACCCCCAUGGUGUAGUCAUCAGAAAGAUGGCUCACAAGAAGGCCCAGCUGAAACUGAUCCGCAACGAAUUGAGAAAGAUAUACAUUGAGAUUGGUGCGGAGAAGAUGGCCCCCGUUAAGCUGGAGCUGAAAGGUAUUGCAGUGCACAAGAAGUUCAUGGCCGAGGGAAAGGCCUCCAUCAAGUUCCAGGAGAGCAGGUGCACCAUUUACAUUUCAAACGCGCCCCCAUCGCAGCUCACAAAUUUUUUGAGGACAAUGUUCAUCAAGAUGACAGGACAAAAUGUAGGGACUGCGGCUAAUAAUAAAACGAAUCCCUCUUUGAGGACGCAACUGCUCUCUAAUAAACCCAAGCAAUAUCAAGAGAUCAGUCCGGUGACAACAGCGGAUGUUGACAAAUUGAAGAAGCCGAGGGCGACGGAUACGACGCCUUCUCCUCUAAGCAGAAAAAGGAAACUGACGGAGGGCGGAGAUGGUCCAGCGGCAAAGAAGCCACCGACGCCGCUGUUUGAUCAACCAUUGACGAUCGAGCAGAGAGACGUACUUGAUGCAUGUCUGUCUGGACAGAACUUGUUUUUCACGGGGAGCGCCGGCACCGGGAAAAGUUAUCUACUGAGGAAGAUAAUUGGAGCGUUACCUCCGGAUGUUACGGUGGCGACGGCGUCGACGGGGGUGGCAGCCUGUCACAUUGGCGGCACAACGCUGCAUCAGUUCGCUGGGAUCGGCUCCAGCGAUGGGAGUUUGGAGAGAGCCAAGGAGGUUGCAAACAGACCCCCGACCUCGUCCAACUGGAGGAGAUGCAAGCAUCUGAUCAUCGACGAAAUAUCGAUGAUAGACGGAGAUUAUUUUGAGAAAAUUGAAGCGGUCGCUCGACACGUGCGAAAGAACGAUAAACCGUUCGGGGGAAUUCAGCUGAUUUUGUGCGGUGAUUUCCUGCAACUUCCGCCGGUGGUGAAGACGAAGGAGAACAAGAAGCGUUUCUGCUUCCAGACGAAAGCGUGGAAGGAGUGCGUGAAUCAAACGUUCGAGCUGAAGCAGGUGCACAGGCAGAGCGAUUGCAAGUUCAUCGAUAUACUGAAUAAACUGCGAAUAGGUGAGGUGUCCGAUGAAGUUGUCGAGACGUUGGCGAGGACCUCCAAGCAGCGGAUCGAGAAGGACGGCAUCCUCGCGACAAGACUCUGCUCGCACAUGGCCGACGCAAAUAUGAUUAACGAGUCGAAAAUCAAGAAUCUACCAGGUGAGGCGAAAUUGUACGACGCACAGGACAGCGACAACUAUUUAACGAAGCAGCUGGACCAGCAGACGCCGGUGCCAGGAAAGCUGCAGCUGAAGGUGGACGCUCAGGUGAUGCUGCUGAAGAACGUGAACGUGUCGGCGGGGCUCGUGAACGGCGCCAGGGGUGUGGUGACCGGUUUCCGCGACGGCCUUCCGGUGGUUCGCUUCCGGAACAAUCGUGAGUACGUGGCGAAGCAUGAACGCUGGAUGAUAAAGAUGGCAGGCGGCGCUAUCGUCUCGCGACGUCAGAUCCCAUUGAAACUCGCUUGGGCCUUCUCCAUUCACAAAUCUCAAGGUCUGACCCUCGAUUGCGUCGAGAUGUCUCUGGCGAAGGUGUUCGAGGCGGGACAGGCGUACGUCGCCCUCUCUCGUGCACAGAGUCUGGAGACUCUGCGCGUCCUCGACUUCAAGGCGUCACAGGUGUGGGCGAACCCCGACGUCCUUGCCUUCCACAAGCAGAUGAGAGUAACCAUGAGUUCGCAGAUGUUGAUACCGCUCGGCGCCGGCAGAAAGGCAACAGGUGAACGGAAGAAAACCGUCAACAAGAAACUCUUCUCCAACAAACCACUAGUCAGUAUAACGUAAUUCUCAUCAUCGAGCAACCAUCGAAUUAGUUAAAUUUUACUAUAAUUUUAAGUUUUAUAGCUAGAUCUAUCUUUUUUUAUUUAAGUAUAUAUAAUUUUAUUUCCUCACUUCCAAUCACGGGAGAUGCAUUGACUGCGCUCUCUCUUUUAUCCGUUCGACAACAUUU